GUCCGGCUGCAUAAAACCAGUUGGCAUCGCCAUGAGCGAUCUUUUCAGUCGCAUGCUGAAGUUGUGAACGGAUCAUGUCUAGCGAUUCUGCUGAUUACAACAGCUCAAAAGAUAGAGACCAUGGGGGGCCCGAUGGAAUGGAGCCUGAUGGUGUCAUCGAGAGCAACUGGAACGAGAUUACAGACAACUUUGAUGAUAUGAACCUGAAGGAGGCUCUUCUCAGGGGGAUAUAUGCAUAUGGUUUUGAAAAGCCAUCUGCCAUUCAACAAAGGGCAAUCAUGCCUUGUAUCAAAGGCUAUGAUGUCAUUGCCCAGGCCCAGUCGGGCACGGGCAAGACGGCCACGUUUGCCAUCUCUAUCUUGCAGCAACUGGACAUUGAGCUGAAGGAGACUCAGGCUCUAGUGUUGGCUCCCACCAGAGAGCUGGCUCAGCAGAUCCAAAAGGUCAUUCUGGCUCUAGGUGACUACAUGGGGGCAGCCUGUCAUGCAUGCAUCGGAGGGACUGAUCUCCGCAGUGAGAUACAGAAGCUCCAGGCUGAGUCCCCUCACAUAGUAGUGGGCACACCCGGUCGAGUGUACGACAUGCUUAACAGGGGCCAUCUGUCGGCAAAAUGCAUAAAGAUGUUUGUUCUGGAUGAAGCUGAUGAGAUGUUGAGCCGAGGGUUCAAAGAUCAGAUCUAUGAGAUCUUUCAGAAGCAGAGCACAAACAUUCAAGUGGUCUUGCUCUCGGCAACCAUGCCAGCAGAGGUGUUGGAGGUGACCAAGAAGUUUAUGCGAGAACCCAUCCGCAUCUUGGUGAAGAAAGAAGAGCUUACCCUUGAGGGGAUCAAGCAAUUCUACAUAAAUGUGGAGCGAGAGGAGUGGAAGCUGGACACCCUGUGUGAUCUGUAUGAAACGCUGACAAUCACCCAGGCUGUCAUUUUUCUCAACACCAGGAGAAAAGUGGACUGGUUGACUGAGAAGAUGCACGCUCGAGACUUCACAGUCUCUGCUCUGCAUGGUGAUAUGGAUCAAAAGGAGCGUGAUGUGAUUAUGAGGGAGUUCAGAUCUGGCUCGAGCCGAGUGUUGAUCACUACUGAUCUUCUGGCUCGUGGAAUUGACGUCCAGCAGGUUUCCUUGGUCAUUAACUAUGACCUUCCUACAAACCGAGAGAACUACAUUCAUAGAAUUGGUCGUGGUGGCCGUUUUGGCAGAAAAGGAGUUGCUAUCAACUUCGUCACUGAGGAAGACAAGAGGAUUCUUCGAGAUAUUGAGACGUUUUACAAUACUACUGUGGAGGAGAUGCCCAUGAAUGUGGCCGACCUGAUUUGAGCACUGAGAUUAUUUUUUAAAACGCAGUGAUAGCGAUCGUCCACUUGCAUUGUGCUUAUAUUAUUCGAGGGGAAAACUUCUCAAUGCUAAACCUUGGAUCUGAAUUUUGGUAUGUGUUAAAAGCGAGAGGUGACUUCUAUGGUGGUCCCUCUCGGACAGUUGUAGAUUCUAACCUCGACAGGUGACUGGUUGGAGCUACAAAGCCAUGGAGUCUGUAAUCUUAAAGGUUCUUAUUAGAUAUUUCUUUCCAUGUAAUCUGUGUGUAUCUGGUGAUGUUCUCCACCGUUUAGUAAUUUACUUGUGGACUAAAAGGUAUAAGUGCUGUAUAAAGUCUGCAAAUUAUGUUAUGCUAACAUAUGUACGGUGUAAUGUGGGACUGCCUAAUAGAGGCACUUGUGUCGUAUUGUAGAUUCACUUUUAUUAGUUAGUAAAUGUUUUUAAAUGUACCUUCCUUGCUAUUGAAUUCACUGGCAAUAUUAUGCAGACAUGUAGUUUUACCCUUUAGAGUAUAUUGCUUGGCUGUUUUUCAGAUUUCUUCCUCCCAGAGUUGUUUAAAUAUCUUAAUAAACUAAAAUGGCUGUAAGUA